AUUAUAUAUUUCUAUUCUUAUAUUAUUUAUUGACAUAUUUGAAUUUAUUUGAUUCAAUGAUGACGUGUGAAUUAUUACCAUAUUUUGAAAAUUUUACAAAAAUUAGAAAUGAACAUUAAAUGUAGUUGACCAUGUCAUUUUCAUUUUUUCUAGUAUAUCAUAUCAGUUUUUUUUUAGUGAAAGUGAUUAUAGAGAUGAUAUGUGUUAAAUCAACUUCACAAAUAAUGUCUACAAAAUUUUGGUGAGAAAAUUUCAUCAUCUCAGAAAUUAGAAACAUGUAGAGAUAAAAAUCCACCACAAUCUCUCUGGCGUCUAUAGCUAAUCUUUAAAAACCCUUACUUAUUCACCUCUCCUUUUUGAUUCGAUUUUUACGUUCAUGGAUGCAGCCAGAGUGAAACCUGCUCGUUCCACCAACCCACCGAGCGAAGUUGAUCGGCUAAGCAGUUUGCCAGAUUGCUUGAUAUUACAGAUAUUCUUAAAUCUUCCGACCAAAGAUGUGGUUCAGACUAGUGCGUUGUCCACCAGAUGGACAACUCUCUGGAAAGACGUAUCUGGUCUGGAUUUGGACGCCGAGGAUUUCUAUAUACGCGAAACAUUCGUGAGUUUUUUCGAUAACUUUCUUGAACGCAACCACGGUUUGUCCAUACAUCGGUUUAAGUUAAAGUACGAUUCUUUUUACUUUGAAGAGCCUGCUGGUCUUAUCAACGGCUGGGUCGACACUGCUGCUAGGCUUAAAGUUGAACAUCUCGAUGUUUCGGACAGUUUUUCCAAAUGGGAUCCCAUGAUGAAUCCAACAGUACUUUACACUUGUAGUAACUUGGUGUCCCUAAGGCUCGUGGGAAUGGGCUUACCGAAUCCCGAGCGUGUUUCUUUACCUUCUCUCAAAACAGUGGUUUUAAUCCUCAUUGAGUUUACCAACAAAUGGGCAUUAGAGAAUUUAAUUUCAAAAUGCCCAGUUCUUGAAAACUUUUGUUUUGAGAGAAGCUACGAUGAUGGAAUACCGAUUUUACGUGUGCAUUCUAAGUCUCUAUUGACCUUCAUGCAUGAUGCGGGUUAUCACGAGGAUUAUGAAGAGGAAGAUCGUUUUGUUGAAAUUGAUGCUCCCAUGCUUAAGUGUCUGAAGAUCAGUGAUGAUAGAACUUCAAGUUUCAUAAUAAAGAGUCCACCUUCUGUUGUUGAAGCUGAUAUAGAUACUGUGUUUAACUUGACUUCUGAAAGGAGUCUAGAAAUUGCAAAUGAAGUACAAAAGAGAGAGAUGGUUCGUGAUUUUCUCGUUGGGAUCUCUAAGGUCAAGGAUAUGAGCAUCUCCUCAAGUGCUCUCGAGGUCAUAUAUGAUUACUCAAGAUAUGUACAGCUACCGGUAUUUCGUAACCUAUAUACCUUGCGUGUCAGGUUCGACAGCUACAUGUGGGAGAUGUUGCCAGUCUUUCUUGAAGUCUGUCCGAAUCUUAAAACUCUUGUCGUGGGAACUUCUGAAAAUCCCAAGAUGGUGGACCUUACUGUUAUUGCCAGGCCUUGGAAUAUGUUAUCAUCUCUAGAGUAUGUUGACAUAGAAAGGCCAUUGAAAGGGGAGGCAUUGGAGAUGACAUUAGUGGGUUACUUACUCGAGAACUCACCAAACCUCAAGAAACUGUCAUUAAGUUUGCAUGAUUCCCUAAAGAAAGGAGAAUCUGUCCACAAGCUAACAUUAAGCUUGGAUGAUGCCCCAAAGAAAGAAGAAUCUGACAUCUUCAUAGAACUCCUUAACUUUCCGAGACUCUCUAGCUCAUGCCAAAUUAUUGUACGUUGAUCCUCAUAGUCAUCACCAAUGGACAUAUAAGUUUGUCUUUGAUAACUAUUUGUUGCUUCUUAGUUUAUUAUGACAUUGGAGUGUUGAAGUUUGUAUGAUAAUUAUAGUACUUAUCAUAUGUAUGAGUCAAAUAAGUAUUUGAUUUACCGUGGCUAAAGGCAUAUAUGCUUUGGAAUUUGUGAACAUGGUUUUGUUCUUCCUUCUUUUGUCUUGCAUAGAGCUAUAUAUAAUUUGUUUGUAUUAAACAAAACAAUUGGUACCUAUAUAAUAAAAAAAAUGUUUUAAAAAUCACAAAAAAACAUUUUUGGAAGAAAACUUCUACCUCCAAAAAAUCACGUUUGUACUAGUGGGAAUAAUAUCUCAUCAAACCUCUGAUUACGUUUCAAUUCAUUAAGAAUAAAAAAUUAAAAACAAGAAAAAAAAUAAGAAAAAAAUAAGAAGAAUCUUUUGUUUGAAAGACUCUCAAACGAUUAUGCAAGACUCUAAAAUUAGGUGUCAGAUUAUCUAAGAAUGGAAAUGGUCUUAUGCUAGAACUUUAAUAUCAUAUAUUGGUUUUCAAAAAUUAGGGUUUUUCUAGGUUUCUAUUUUUCAUCGUUGUAUUCAUAAAUUACGGUAAUAUUUUCUAUUUAAGAAGCCUAAAACUAUUUUAUAGGAUAGUUUUUGAUAUUUUAAUAGAGAAAUAAUUAUUUUAAGUAUUUAUUUUUCUUGAUUGAACUAAAUUUAUUAAAAUAGGAAGCUGAUCUUAAGUCAGUAUUGCAAUUUCCAAAUUAUAAUUGUCAAAUCUCUUAGGUAAAAAAAAUUAUGACUAUCGAAUUAGUCAGCUGAUUAUUUUUAAGUAAUUUUAUAUGGUUAUUGAGAUUUUUAACUCAUUUUUUCAAAAAAUAAUAUUAGCUUUGUAUUAACAUUCAUAGUGUAUCUGAUAGUUCACAUGUUUUAUCAUAUAAUGUUUUAAAAUAUCCAAAUAGUAUGAUGAGUAGUAAUGGAUAGCAUGAUGCCAUUGUUUCUUCUCCCAUAUGAUAGUAUUUUUGCUCAUAUAUUGUCUCAAAAAGUAAGUCUUAAGAGCAUGAUUAACGCUAGGGGGGGGGGGCGUGGGUUCUUAGGCUAUUUUUUUUAUUUGAUUUAAAAUAAAAAAUAAAAACGGACCAAUCGCGGAGCACCACAUAUCAGUAGAACCUAUGAACAGUACCCAAACCCAACUAAAGUCUCUUCUUGCAGAAAAGGAAAAAGAACCAGGUUUAAAGAUAAUGGUGGGAUCCACCUCUUAAAAACCAAGUUAAGAGGUAGGGUUAAUGCUCUUCUAAAUAGGAUCAAGCAGAAGAAAAGCAAGUCCAUAUAUGUCGGAAAAUGAAAUUUGUAGCCGUUAUAAACAGAGGCUCCUCUGUCACCUGCAAGAACCCUAUUUUGUCGUGUUGAAGCGGUCAUUGUUGACUAAUGAUAAUAAAUUUGAAACAAUAAUGUAAUUUGAUUCGUUGUCUCUGAGAGUCUGUAACUAUUACCAUAAACCCGAAAAUGUAAAGAACGUAAUCUGAUUAGAACCAUACCAAACCGGGUUUUUAGGUUGGUUAGCAUGGUUACAAAUAAACGAAUAUUUCACUUUGAGGCCUUACAUGGGAAAAUAAAAUUGAAGCGACAUAUUGAAAAAUGGUUUGGUUGGAACCGGUUUUUCAAUUACACCUAGUGCUUGAGUUUCCAAGAGUGAGCUCGAGAUCAUCAGAACCACUCUCUUCAUGUAUCCUCUCUCUCCUUCCCAUGCUUUCGCUAACCCGUUUGCGUUACUCCCAAACGCAAACUCUGGAGGAGGAGCCACAGCUUCAGACAUUGGAACAUCUCCUGUCUGAGUAAUUGCCGGCGAGCAAGUCCCGCUUUGACCUGGCGUCCACAUUCUCGACCCACCACCUCCACCAGCAGAUGCCAGUUGAUCUUCUCUAAACCCAAAAGGGUUUCGUGAGACGAGACUAAACGUUGGUGUUGAGGAUACAAAGAAAGAGUUGUUGAUUUGGUUCAUUCCACGAGCUGUUGGGGAGCUUAAAGGUGGGGUUACAGGAGCGCUUAUAGAGCCUCCAGGAAGGUACAUGAAACUAGGGAGAUGCUAAGCUGAUAACAUCUUCACACUCUUUGGUUUCUUCGCUAUCUUGCCAUGGAAUAGUCUUUGAACUGCUAGGAGAUGCUAAGCUGAUAACAUCUUCACACUCUUCAUCAGAAAAAUCAAAUAUCACCUUCCUUUCUCUGUUCCUGAUACUGACAUCUGGGGCCUCAUCAUCGCUGCCUCCCUUGCUCUUGACAUCGUGCAAAGGCUUUUGAGCUUCUGCACCAAUUACAGAACAUUUCAAAGAGGAACAAGACUAACUAAACAGAUACCCACGGCAGGAUAUAACGAUAACUUUCCAUAAAUAGCAUUUUUUUAAAAAAACACAACUUUUUGAUUAAAACUUCUAAAAGGAUCCCAUCUAUCAACAAAACCGUAGAUAUCAAAAGGAAACAAAUGAUAUUAGAUUAAAUAUUUAUAAUUAAAAACAAUAUUGUAUAUAAUUUUGAAAAUCUUGAUUAGUAAUAAAAAACUUUUAUAUAGUUAUCAAAAUAUAAACUAAACAGAAUAUUAAAAAUUUGUAGGUAUCAAAAGAAAACAAAUGAUAUUACGAUUAAAAAUAUUUAUAAUUUAAAAAAAAUAUUUUUAAAAGUUUUUAAAAUCUUGUUUAUUAAAAAAAAAAUUGUAUGAUUGUAAAAGCAUACUUAAAAAAUAUUUAAAUCUGUAAAAAUAUUUUAUAUUUCUAUUAUUAUAUUAUUUAUUGACAUAUUUGAAUAAAUUUCUUUUAAUGAUAUGUAUGAGUUAUUAUCAUAUUUUAAAAAAUAUUACCAAAAAUAGAAAUCAACAUUAAAUAUAGUUGACCAUGUCACAUUUAGUCAUAAGCCAUAUCUUUUUUUCUAGUAUGCAAUAUCAUUUUUUAGUGAAAGUGAUUGUAAAGAGAAACAAGAGCUAACUUACCCCCACAUAUCAAAGUCCAAGCUUCAAUGCCCCCUUCUAAUUUUAUUUACAGAUUGAAUUAUUUUUAAUUCAAAAAAUAAGAAAUUUUACAGAUAUACCCUACACUUCAUUUGACCUAAUCAAAUAAGUCAGUUGCCGUAAAUAUUUUAGAGAAAUUGCACUGUAUAGCACACAAAAAAAAUUAUAAUUAACUCUAUGACGAAUUGACCUACCUCUCACCUAUAUAUUGCAUAUUUUAUAUAAUAUUGAUGUUAUACCCUUUCAUAUGACCGGUUCAACCUGCAAAGAAACAAAAUACAUUAUUAAUUAGUUACUGUAAAAAGUAUCGAACACAUAAACCGCAUCUUCUUCUUUCUUUUCUAUCUUGAUUUUUCGUUGAUAACUACACAUAAAUUGUUGGUUACUCUCUGCCUUAAUCACCAGCAAUCGAUACAAUGGGAACCACCAUCACCAUUGAGUUUUCCAUUGUUACCACCAUAUUCGUUUUCAUCGGAAUCACCCUGUCUUCACCUCACAUCUCACACCACUGUUUAUUCUUCUCUUCCAUCUACUGUACCAACAUCAAAAUUAUUUCCUCUAUCGCAUGAUAAAUGUACCAUCUCUACCAUUACAGCCACAUACACUACUCUUUUGUCUCUGUGAGGUACCAAAAAUUGAUAGAAGAAGAUGAACAAUUUAUUGUGUUCUAUACUAUUAUAUACUUAUAGAAUAUAACGGUUUUAGUAAUCAACAACUAGAACCGGUAUUGAAUUGUGUGUCCUUAACUAGAACAUGUUCGGACAGCAGCUGAGAACCACACAAUUGAAACAUUGGAUAUGUGUCAGGUAGUCGCACCCACUGAUGAAGAGUAGAUACCAUAUAACUGUGAUUACAGUUUCAUUUAUAGGUAAUGGUGCAAUAUAUAUAUAAAUGGAAUAGAUCAUGUGAAUAUAUAAAGGGAAAGAUUAUACAUCAAAAAUGGAAUAUAAUAUUUUUAUCUACUACUAUAACAAAAUUAAAAAUAACUGAAAAUUUUAUUUUUAUAUAUUAUUAUAGUUUAUAUUUAGGUUUGGGUUUAGUGAUUCUGGUUUAGGGUUUAGUAUUUUGAAGUUGGGGUUGAGUUUAAUAUUUAGAGGUUGUAAGAGAGGUUUGAUCUCUAUACUAUUUCGGUGAUGUAGAAUACUUUAUUGAAAAUUCUUCUAUUUCUAUUCACUUUACUACUACAAUGAUUAAGUAUAUAUGUGGUAAAUAAUGUUGUAACGUUGGUUUCUUUAUAUAUACAUGAUGUAAUAUUAAAUAGCAGGCAUUCAUUUAUGUCCACACAAAACAUUGACGUCAUCCACUCUUCUUAAAUGUAACCGGAUACUUAUUAUAACUGAGGGCAUAACCGGUUCAAAAUGGUGUUAAAUGUUACUUUAUUCAUUAUGUCAAAAUCAAUGUUAGUUUUUUAAUUUUAUUUCAAUAUUUAGUUAGAUAGCAAAUUCUCCCAAAAAAUAUGGGCCGUUAAGACUGACUAUCACUUGGAAAAAUCUAAGCCAUCUAAAUCUAAGGAAAAAAACAAAAAGACGUUAUCAUUGCUACAUCUACAGAUCUACUAUAUUUUUUUUCACUGGUAAAUUUAUUAAUGGGACAGAGGUCAAAGGCCAAAGCCCAACACAAUAUGAUACAAAAUGCCUAAACAAAGGCACACCUAAACGAAAAGACCCAACAGAAGGCCCAAUAUACAAACAACAGAAAAUUAAACGACCCAAAACAUAGGGCCCAUUAAACCAGUAUCUUGCAGCCCGUUGGAGAAAAAGAAACACAACGCCACCACGUGUAUGAACGUCUUGCGCUCUAAGGACACCCGUCAAGACGCGGAUCCAUCAUCUUCCUCCGGUGCCAGCGAAGAGGCACGACGGCGCUCCGUCAACGACAAAGCCAAACUGGUGAAAGGCCGACCAAUCAAAGUGGCCUUCACGGAAGUUCAAGUCGGAAUCUAAAGUAACAGAUCUACGCUUUUUAAAAAAAAAAACAUCAAUCGUCUUCAAUCGAUCCGAGAAACAAUUUUUCUGCAUGAGCGAACUUCAUCUUUAAUGAUUCAGAUAAGCUUGAAGAUGGCUACGACCCUAAACAAGGGGAGGAAAGAGACAUCAGAGCUUCAGAUCAAGAGUCGAUCGAACUAAAGAGGAACAGAAACGCAGAUCGAGACCAACCGAAAAAAACCGGUGAGAAGCCGGCGAAGGAUGAUGCUAUGGGAGCAAUCCCUUCCUGGAGACAAUAAGCCGGCGAAGACGGUGAUAAAGGAUCCACCGCUUCCCAGAGUCGUAAGCCUGACCAUCGGGAACUUUAAUCGGAAAAAUCCGAUGAACAAAGCUUCAACGCUCUCUCUCUGAAAGAUACGAGAGAGAUAAGAGAGAGAGCGGAGCUCUAGCAGAAUAAUUUAAGUUUCGUACAGAUUUACUCUAUUAGUUUAGUUUAGAGUCCUAUUUUUUAUUUUCACAUAUAUUAAUAAUAAUAAUUUGGUUUUAAAUGAUUUCCCAUUAUGUAGGAUAUUAGUUUAUAUUGAUUAUUCAGAGGUUAUAACUGACUAACAACCGUAAUUCAUUCAACUAUUUUUAUACAAUGUUAUAUUACAUUUAUAUUUAUUAUGAUUUCAUAAUUGGUCACGUAAAGUUUCCAUGUAAAAAAGGUUAUAUAUAAUAAUUAAAUAUAAUAUUUACAUUAUAAGUAAUAAAGAAACCAAAUAAAUUGAUACAAUCAUGCAUCUCCUUAAAAGAACCAAAAUAUUUUGAUCCAGAUUCAAAUAAGCAUCACAAAAAAAAAACCAAAAUUAACACAACAUUAUCAUCUCAAAAUUUAUCACUAUUAGUUUAAUUUUAAUUUGUAAAUCAAAUAAAAAUUAUACAUAAUUCGCGUUAGCGCGGUACUAGACUAGUUUUACUAUUAAAU